UAGAGUAGGCUAUGGCCCUUAUGGCGGGAUUGGCGGCUAUGCUAUUGUUUAUGGAAUUCUUUCUUCACCACGUUACACGUUUCGUGACCACAGAUUCGACACUACGUUCGCUAGCCGUCGGUCCGAAAGUUUUUAACUGCCACGAUUUUAAUUCCUAUCUUAUUAUUUUAUUCUAUCAGUGUCGAUUUUAAUUGAACUCCAAAAUGAAUUCCAUUUUGAAAACCAUCCCUGAUAUUCUUCUUGAUCCUGUCACGAAAAAACGUUACGUGAGAGGCCAGUUACUUGGAAAGGGUGAGUUUGCCAAAUGCUAUGAAAUCACAGACAGCGCUAACAACCAGAUCUUCGCUUGCAAAAUCAUUUCCAAGCAAUGUUCCAAGCAGCUAAGGCAGCACCAGAAGGAUAAGUUGACAAAGGAGAUUUCCAUUCAUCGCAUGCUGGUCCAUAGACACAUUGUUGGAUUUCACAGCUGUUUUGAGGACAGCAACUUUGUCUUCAUUGUUCUGGAGCUUUGCAAAAGAAGGAGUCUCAUGGAGUUGCACAAAAGAAGAAAGGCGAUCACUGAACCUGAAGCUAAGUACUUCAUGAACCAACUUCUUCACGGCAUUAAGCAUCUCCAAAAAAACAAGAUCAUACACAGAGAAUUGAAUCUGGGUAAUCUUUUACUCAAUGAUGACAUGGAGCUGAAGAUGGGAAACUUUGGCCAAGCAAAAAAGUUAGAUUUUGAUAGUGAAAGGAAAAAGACUCUGUGUGGCACUCCCAACUGCAUUGCACCCGAAGUUUUGUGCAAACAAGGUUAUGCAGUGGAUAUCUGGUCUGCGGGCUGCAUUUUAUAUACUUUAUUGGUUGGGCAUGUUCCUUCUUUUGAAAUAGAGUCAUUGAAGGAUACAUACAGCAAAAUCUUAAAGCACGAGUCUCAUGAUCCCUCUCACUUGAGUUCAAAAGCUAGAGAACUAAUUUUUAAAAUGAUUCAACCAGAUCCUAGCAGCCGACCAACCGUGGAUCAAUGUUUGAGGGAUGACUUCAUGACUCAGGGUAACAUGCCUUCACGCCUGGAUUUGUCUUGCUUGACUAUGCCACCGCGACUUGAUCCCCGCCUUAUAUAUAACACCCUUGUUGAUGCCCUCAACAAGGGUUUUAUUGCCGUCCGUCCACCUCUUGGCGACAGAAAACGGGAUGUUAAUUCAAUGAAAGUACAAGGCGUCAAGGCAGAAACUGUUAAUACACCAGCCACUGCCGACGCGCCACUUACGGCCGUUUCAUCAAUCCCAUCGCCUCAGCAACUGCUCCGUGACUUGGAGCAACAACUUUUGAAACUGUUAACCUCGAAACCCAUCAAAAGAGUUCCAUUCCUCAUGGAUGAGGCCGAAGAUCCCGCUGCCAUUCCGAUGGUGUGGGUUUCCGAAUGGGUCGACUGUUCUGACAAGGGCUUUUUUGGUUAUCAGUUGAGUGACGACACGAUCGGUGUCAUUUUCAAGGAUCACACUAAGCUGUUAUUGCACGUCGAUGGAAAAGCCAUUCAGUACGUUGAACGAGAUGGUAUUGUAAAGUACCACUCACUGGACAGCUACCCUCCUCAGUUGGAGAAAAAGAUGAAGCUGUUGGCUUACUUUCGGUCGUAUAUGCAAGAGAAUUUGAUCAAAGCUGGUGGCUCCAUCCUUCCGAGAAAAGGUGACGAACUUUUUAGUCUACCAUUCCUUCGACAGUGGUUCAUGACCUCGCGGGCCGUCGUAAUGCAUCUCGUCAACGGCACGUUACAGGUCAAUUAUUUCCGAGAUCACGUCAAAAUUAUUCUGUGUCCUUUGAUGGGAGCCGUCUCAGUUAUUGAUGAAGACAAAAAUUUCCGAACAUUCCGGCUCACAUCUUUAGCCCAAUACGGUUGUUCAAAUGAUUUACUACAGCGGUUGGAGUAUGUGCGCGAAAAAAUUUCGUUUCUUUUAGCGCCCAAGUCGCAGACUCAUGGAGUCCGCGCCAAGUGAUUUUUUCUUUUUACAUACAUAUUUCUUUUUAAUGUGGACAUUCGUCCAAAUGCCCUCCCAGCUCUUAAUGUUUUAUUCUUCAAAUUUUUAUAAUUUUUUUAAAUGUGAAACUGCCUCGUGUUGUUUUUAAAAGUUAAAUUUAAGAUCUAUCACUAGUCUUAUACUUCAAAUACUUUCUCUUUAACGGUUUUUCGUGAUCAAAAUGAUAGAUAACCCCAAUUAUUCUGUUACCAAAAUUAAAAUAAUACACGUAAUUUUUUAAUUAUC